AUGCAAAAACAUCUUAUUCUUGGCCAUGGUACAAGAACCCUGGGCUAUAAAGUCAUUCGAUCACAACUCUUCGAGGCUCCACUCACUUCACUCUCUGCUACUGCUUGCCCUCCGAGACACCAGCACACUCCUGCAGCUUCCAGCACACUCCUGCAGCUUCCAGCACACCCCUGCAGUGCUUCACUUCACUUCCGGAUACCGUUCCCGAACAAACGACCUCUGUCGUCUUUCUAUCCACCAUUCGCAAAUAAAGACACGAUUUCUAUCGUCUACAACAGACCAUCUGUCCAAUACGACGACAGCCAAUCAGAAGGCAUUUUAGGCGACAGCCAAUCAGAAGACGACGAGGCGACAGCCAAUCAGAAGACGACGAGGCGACAGCCAAUCAGAAGACGACGAGGCGACAGCCAAUCAGAAGACGACGAGGCGACAGCCAAUCAGAAGACGACGAGGCGACAGCCAAUCAGAAGACGACGAGGCGACAGCCAAUCAGAAGGAUUAUUACCAAUUCUUAUUCUGUGA